AUGCACCGCCCCGCCGCCGGCCGUUUCCUCGCCGCGCCGCCCCUCCCCACCACCUGGAGCCGUGCCUCGCCGCCCGCCAUGCGCCUAAGCUCGCCGGCUGCCGCGCGCCUGCUCCGCUCGCCUCGCGUCGCUGCCUCGUUCACCACGCGCCGCCGCAUAGCCUCGCCAAGCUCGCCGCCGCCGCUUGCUCGCCGGAAUCUCGCCGGCGACCGCUUCAAUCUCGUCGGAGUUCUCUCUCCGGUGGAUCUAGAAAAGGUCAACCAGAGAAACAGCCUUCGCCGCCGACGACCAACCAGCAUACAGCCGCCGCUCGGCAAGAAGACGAAAGGGUGCCAGUGCCGUGAGAACCGGCUGGUGGAGGACAGGGAGUCCCGCCAGGUGACCUUCUCCAAGCGCAAGUCGGGGAUAUGGAAGAAGGCCUCCGGGCUCGCCCUGCUCUGUCGCGCCAGUCUCACCGUCGUUGUCUUUUCCGAGGCCGGCAAAGGCUUCGCGUUUGGCAACCCCUCCACUGACGCCGUCCUGGCCUACGCCGGCUACGGCGACACCAAUGCUCAUCCUGCUGCGACUAAUGACGUGGAGUGGGAGGCCCUGGAGGCGCUAUGCCGGGAGACGGAGAAGAAAGGCGUGGAGGUGGCCGUGGAGGCCGCGCGGAUGAGCGCCGUCAGGAAGAAGGUGGUGGACGUGCAGACGCAGGUGGGGAGGUGGUUCUGGUGGGAGGCAGACGUAGAGGCGCUCGCUGAGGCCGAGCUGCCCGAGUUCGCAAGGGCACUCCAGCAUCUCAGGGACAACGUGCGCCGCCGUGCCGACAACCUGGUGUCUGCUCUACUGCCGCAGUAG